AUGAGCGAAGAGGACUCGACGAGCGCCGCCGCCGCGCAGCAGCCGACGAGCCGGCCAGCUCCGAAGCUCAACGAGAGGAUCCUGUCGUCGCUGUCGAGGAGGGCGGUGGCCGCGCAUCCGUGGCAUGAUCUCGAGAUCGGCCCUGGGGCUCCAGCGGUGUUCAAUGUGGUUGUUGAGAUCACAAAGGGAAGCAAAGUAAAAUAUGAGCUUGACAAGAAAACUGGACUGAUUAAGGUUGAUAGAGUUCUGUACUCAUCAGUUGUAUAUCCUCACAACUAUGGUUUCAUUCCGAGAACACUUUGUGAAGACAACGAUCCAAUGGAUGUGUUGGUCCUGAUGCAGGAGCCUGUUAUUCCUGGUUCUUUCCUCCGAGCUAGAGCAAUUGGCCUUAUGCCCAUGAUUGAUCAGGGCGAAAAGGAUGACAAGAUCAUAGCAGUCUGUGCUGAUGAUCCUGAAUACCGUCACUACAAUGACAUCAACAAGAAGAAUGAGAACAAGGAGGUCGCUGUCGAUGCGUUCUUACCUGCGACCACUGCCCGCGAGGCCAUUCAGUAUUCGAUGGACCUGUAUGCGCAGUAUAUUCUGCAAAGCUUAAGGCAGUAG